ACUUCAAAUCGCCCACUGAGUUUCGAUUGAUGCUCAAAAUGGGCAGAUUCAAUAACUGGAUUAUUUUCUCUUUUCGAAAGAGCAAUUUCAAUUAUUAGAUAAUAAUAUCAUCGAGCCGCAGUCAAGAAGGCUCCAGCUAUGACGUCUGUGACACGGUGGUUAAUAGCUUAAAAAUGCCUUCCCGGCGAUAGUGAUCAACAAUCUGGCUGCUGAAGCGCUGUCUUCGUUUUAAAAGAAAACAGAUACUUUAAAGCAAAUUACAUGUACGUUGCACGGGCAACAACAUGGACAGCGAAGUAGCAGAGGAUGAGACUCCAAGAACAACGACUGCAAAGAAAAAGACAAAGAGGCGUGGUCGCAGGUUGACUGGUCUCAGCAAGCAGCGAAGAAUUGCAAAUACACGGGAGAGGAAUCGUGUCCAUGUGAUCAACGAGAGUAUAGAUCGCUUGAGAGAUCUCAUUCCGCUAUUUCCGAACGAGAGAAGACCGUCCAAGACGGAUACAAUCCGGCUCGCAGCUCUUUACAUUUCGCAUAUGACAGAGCUCUUAGCCAUAGAAAACCCUGAUCAUCAUCAAAUGGUGGCACGAGAAAGCUUGGAUGAGGACAUGUCAGUAACUUCUUUGGAGUUCGACCCGUUCGACGUCGAAACGGGAGAACUGGCAGUUUUCUUUUGGAAAGAGGACGAACUAAGUGGCAGCGCUGGCAGCGAGCUAUCACCAGUAUUUUAAAACAUUGAAAGUUCAAAAUGUAACCAGAGUAUCAAGUGUACAUUAGUAGAAAAACUGGAUGGCCUAAUGUUUCUUGAGUGCUUGGAAUGUACCAUCCAGUGAUCUGUGAAAAAUAUCAACGUUAUCAAAUACCUCGUCAUUUUGAAGUCGUUACUGUUUAUCACGCAGCCUGUUGACGUUUUCUUCCACCCCUGAGGUCUCAAUAUUAGGACAUAGCUUACUUAUUUCCACUUACUUUCUCUCAAACCUGAAGUUGUUUUACAUAUUAGCGUGCAAGUAAUUAAAUUAUCCGACGAGAGUAGUGUUGAGCUUUUUUAAAAUAACUAUUGACUGUUUUAAUAAAUGAUAUCCAUCUUACUCAAACAAGUUAUCAUAAAAACAAGCUUCGCGCGUGGGAAAGUGAAAGCUAAGUAAACAGUAUAAAGUAAACUAAGUCGUCUAUAUUUACCAACUUCUACGUGUUCGAGAUAAACUUAUGCUGCCGCAUGGUUCUUAGAGAAUACCCGAAGGAAUAAUGUUUCGAUGCGACCAAGCAAGGGGAACCGCACCAUGAGAAAGUUCACUAUAUCAACAGGACUUUUUAUGAUGAUAAACUACGCUUGUAUUUUGCAGUUAGCUCCCAAAUAUAAGCAAAAAGAUUGGUCAUUUUUUUUUCACAAAUAAAGUAAAGAUUGGACACCAACA